GAACUCCGAGGACCUGCUCCGUGCUUGAGCCCGCAGGGUGUCCCGGGGCAGGAGCUUCUUCUUAGGGUCGCUGGUCUUCUUGAAGAUGCCGGCCUCCACGAGGCGUGGCAGCUCAAGCUUGCGACCCGCGCGAUCCUCGAGACGGCGUGCCCUGACCCGCUCAUUCUUGAGCUAGGUCACCUGGCCUUCCUGCUGGCUUCGACCGUGGCGGAGAAGGUGCAGCAGGCCGCUGCUGGCGGUGGCAGCGGCCCUAGCGCUGCCGCGGCAGGCGCUGACUUCCAGGCGGAGUCCGUCGCCGCACUCCGGGCCAUCGCCCGCAGGGCGCGGGCCGGCGCUGCCAAGCAGAGCGGGGACCGUUCGGCGUCUUCCGAGUCAGACGACAAGGGAAUCAUGUCGGUGAGCGUGUGCAAGGGGCUGAAGCGCUACGGGCUCAACGGCCUGCCGGUGGAGCACCUGCCGCAGGCGGCGCUCCUUCAGCGGCUGCUCCGACGCAGCCGGACGUCGGACGCCGCUCUGCGCCCGCCGCAGAAGGGUCAGGCGUUCCAGUCGUUCGCCCUCUUCACCAGCUGCUGGUGGGCCAGGGCGUUGUCCCAGCUGGAGCUCCAGGCGGACCUCGACAGCGAGGCCGUCACCUUCGAGUGGUUGCUGCGGCGCUUCUACGACCUGUGCCACAUGGCGCAGGAGCUCGGGGUCACGGUCGCGCACGAGUACGACCGCCAGGAAUGGCUCCGCCUCGGCACGCAGAUCGAGAACGAGGACCCCUUG